UGCUACACCAGAGGCGGUCGUAAGAACAGAAACACUACCACUGGAAGAUAAUUAUGAAGUCACGGAAAGAUAUGUCUCUAAAAAACCUCUACCAAAUCCAUUUAUAAUUGAACAUUCACAAAAAAGUGAUUAUUACUGUGAGAUUGAAGAAGAAGAAGAAUAUGAUGCGGUAGAAACAAUCAUUGGUGGAAAAAAUUCUGCUUGGAUAGUAAAUGGAAUUGAUAUCCGAGAAAGGCUCACACAGUACCAGUUAGAACAAAAACCACCAAAAACGAAACCAGAGCAUUAUGACAUUAUAUUCUUUGGUAACAAAGAAAGUGAUGGUUUUUUAAAGAUGCUUGGUGAAGAUAUAGUUGUACAAAUGCACAAUGAUAUCAAAAGAGAAAUUACAUAUACAAAUGAUGAAAAUGUCAAGUCGGUAUUGCGUAGUAUUGUUAAUCGUGAGAUAAAUGAGACUAAAACGAAUUUAGGAAAACAUUCGGCUGAUUCGUUUGAAAACCAUUUUACAUUGCAUUUUGUUGAUCAUAUGAUAAAACUGAUGGAGGAUGAUACUAAUUUAGUUUCCGAACCUAUGUCUGAAGGAAGUUACAUUACAUGCCUUAAGGCAAGCUCUGAAGAUCGCAAUUCCCAGAAAGUAGAUGAUAAAAAUCGAUCCCCUGGAAGGAAAAUCGAUACAAUCAUUACUUUGAGGGAGGAAGAUGAAGAGUUUUCAGUCAUUGAAGUAAGUGGACCUCCAUCGAAAAAAAACUGGACCCAUUUCAAAGGUGAUCGAAUGAAGAUUUCAAAAAUGCUAAAAACUUUAAGGCUUGUAAAAAUUUGUCCAAAUUCUGACAUUAGAAUGGUUAGGUUAUACGGAAUGCAAUCAUAUUUAUAUGAAUUAAUUAUAUAUGAAUUCAAACUCAAUUAUUCUGAAAUUUACACUAUGGAAGAAAUAUUAAGAUUUCCAAUGCCUAAAACAUGGAAAGAUAUGUUUAAAGCACAUGAGACAGUGAUAGGCCUAUUAAAAUAUGAGAAAGUUCAAAAUCAAUAA